AUGAUGUCGUCGAGAGAAAGAGCUAGAGUCAACAAUGCCGAGACUGCUUCUCCUUGGCCAGAUCAAGCAGCCAAAAUCCUCACACUCACCGAUCUCACCUCCCGACUUAAUUUCUUUCCACUCGCAGAACCACGGGAGUUCCAAGUGCACGAGAUGUGGGGGCUUGCGCAGCGGCUGACGGAGACAGGACGCUCUAAGCGUCAAGAGCUCACACAAAACUCCACAGGCAUAGAUUACCGUCACUAUCGGCCGAUAAAAGGCACCGACGUCGAGAGGGCCACCAGGGCCAUAUUCAAACUCCAAGCCAAAAGCGACGCAAACGACAUCUUCAAACGCAUCAUUCGAACCAACCUCGACGUCCUCAAACAUAUGAAACGCGUCUGUGACGAAGAGGAGGAAGCUCCACGAGUGGAGUUUUUCGAACUGGUCUGCCUUGGGCUCAACCAGAGAGAAGUGGUUGACGAUGGAGCCUUCAACGACCGGUAUGGCGAAGUGGCUCGCAGAUGGAAGGAGCACAAUGACUGGAGAAAGAUCUUGGAGGACGAGAUCCUGCUCUCGUGGAUAGCCGGAAAGCGACUUGAUAUUGUGGCACGAGCUAGGAUGCUCGUGGCCGGCGAGGAGCAAUUCGAGGAGUUGCUGGAGGAUUACAAUCAGCUGCGAGAGGAGAUGGCUCGUCUGGUGCUGAAGAUCAGCGCUGCCACAGGAGGGAAGGAGUUUUUGUUGCGACAUAAGAACGAGCUCUGGGACGUGGUGGAGGAGAGAUAG